UCCGCCCGCUUUCGGUCAGGUUUUACCCGUUGAGGCCAUGUAUUGGAUGGAAUAGGUAUCACCGACCUCGAGGAUCCUUAACAACCGGACCGACGCCCUUACCUCUUCAUAGCGUUUACUGCCAUCCAGUUGUGGGGAAUCAACGAUUAAUUGGGCGAUGAUUCUUGGCUGAUAAAACAUUAUUAUUCAUCCUGCUCCCGGCCUCCAAAGCAGUCCUCCAACACAUAAAUAGACUAAUAAUUCGCACCAUCCAUUCCUUUAUCACAUUCCCUCUUUGCAACAUCACUUUCCGUGAAUUUACACCGGCGAUAUGUUAAAACUGGCCCUCGUUCAAGUGUCCAUGCUGAUCAGCAGUGCACUAUCAGUUCCAUCUUCAUCCGAAUAUUCCGGCAUUCAACCGCGUUCCGCAAACUCCGUCCUCUCUGAGAGGGCCGCCCCCAAUCCACCCCAGGUGCACACAGGCACAGUAUAUUCUUUCGAAAAAACAGCAACAUUGGUGUACGAAGUUCUGAACCGCGUUGCAAAUCACAGUUGGGAAUGGGGCGCCCAAGCGGAAGUCAUCUUUGAGAGAAAUUACCCGGAGUACAGUGUUUACUCCAAUACUCGCCAGCUGCCACUGUCUUCUCAAGAUGGACCUCUGAAACCUCCUUCAGGAUUGAUCAAAUUUAUUGAGCCUAUCAUCGCGAAACGUGUCCCUGGAACCAAACCUAUCGUUGAUGGUGAUGGCGCAUCAGGUGACCCCGCAAGUUUAGGUGUCGCGGUGCUUGUUUCUGCAGCCACCAGCAACAAAGAGAGGUCUGAAUACUUUCAAAAGUUGGCAGACGACCAGUUGGAUUGGUUAUUGAAUCACGUUCCAAUCAAUGAGAAUGGUGCCAUUUCUCAAAGAGACAAGGAGCUGCAAUACUGGUCAGAUUAUGUCUACAUGGCUCCUCCUUUUUUGGCGUAUUACGGAGCCGCUACUUGCAACGCUACCCUGCUGGAAAUUGCUUACAAUCAAGCAAAACAAUACCGGACGAUCUUACAGGACGGCAAAAUCAAAGUAUGGGAACACAUUGUAUCUGGAAGCUUUGAGGAUCGAGCUUUUUGGUCAACAGGAAACGGUUGGGCUGCCGCUGGAAUGAUGAGACUUUAUGGUACUUUUAUGAACUUACGCGAACCCAAGCUUAGGGAGCUUACCUCGCCAUGGAGAGAAGAUUUGGCUAAUUGGGUCGCUGAAAUCGUCAAGGGUGCCUAUGCGUACCAAUACAAGGAUUCAUAUCUGCUGCCCAAUUAUCUGGCUAACACCAAUGCUUCACAUAAUUACGCCGAAUGUUCAGGUACCGCUUUGAUCGCAGCCGCUGCUUACCGACUUGCAUCACUUCGACCGAGUCUCGCGGCUGAUCUACCACUGGAUGCCAUCAAUGCAGCCCGGGUAGCCAUCUUCACCAAAUACACAAACAGCAAAACCGGUGCAGUGGCCCCAGUCGUGGACCCGCUAAACUGGAAUGCAGACAAGGCUUUCAAUGGAACAAAGCCCGACGUUGGAUUUGUCAGUCCCGAAGGACAAGCCUUUACAAUCUUGCUGUUUGAAGCCUGGAAAGCUUAUGUUGCGAGCCUCGACUGCAAAGCCAAUCCUUCUCACCCGCACUGUUCCACCGGUUAUCAACGCCUCUGAACUCGGUCGAUCAUCCACACCUUCAUCCCCGUCCUGGUCAUCAUAGCAGAAGUACUAAUUUCGAAAGAUUCUCCUUGGGUUUCGUCGGGCCUGAAUCACAAGCCCUAGCAAUAUUUUAAACUCGUUCUUGAAAUCAUCACAUUUUACGAACUCUUUUUUUUGUAAAUUUUUGUAAAGACGCACCAAAUCUCGCAUUACGUUCAAACAAGUUUCACUCACAACCUUCGUCUAGUCUAUUAUCACAACAACAUUUCAAGUUAAAUUCCCACAAGUAAUACAUUAAAAACAAUGCAAGAGGCGCCUGUAAG